AUGCUUUGGGACAGCGGCAGAAGGAGACGCAGGAGACUGGAGACCCCGAGUGGGCUGGUCCAUUUGACGAAAUGGUGUACGACGCUGUUUAUCAUUCUGGAAUCUACGAGCGUUGGAAGUGGUCUGAUAGCUUCAAUGCCAUCGAUGGCAAAUUUCAGCAGCAGCAGUACCAGCUCCAGCAGUCCCAGUACCAGCAGCAGUACCACAAUUGCCACCCAAUCAAUGUCCACUCCUUCCUCGAGGCCUACCGUGGAAAGCACCGGCCAGCACGAACUACCGCACUUCGAAGCCCUGGUGCAGCCCGUUCCACGUGGUUUCGAGGGUGGCGCCGUGCCAGAAGCGUCCACAGCCAGUGACACUGAUACCUUGCUUCUGCUGGGAGGCUUUCGCUUUCCGGCCGAACUUCAUGCGGAACCGGUCGGUUCUGGCAGAUCCGGUGCUAAUCCCACCAGUGGUAGUGAAAAGCAACGAACUAGCCCACUGGUUGCCGGCGUUAACGAUGGCCAGCUGGCUCCACAGGGUUCUAAGCCCAAUCUAGUUAAUUUAGGUGUAAGCAGUAGCGGUAGCAGUAGCAAACUCAAAAGUGUUAGUUUAAAUUUAGCCAAUAAGACCGCUAGUGGUAGUGCAGCUGUGAAAGGCAAACCGAUUGCCAGCAGCCGUAGCGCAAAUGUUCCAACUUCGGAGCAAGAGCCCGGAGCAAAUCGAAUCGACGGCGAACUGGUCGGCAUCGAGGCAAACUUUAGCAAAAUGUUCUUCGAAACGGAGAACCUAACGACGGUCUCCUCGCAGGUGGGAUCAAUUGCCGUACUGCCGUGCGUGGUCCGGAACAUCGGCGAGGGUGUGGUAUCCUGGAUACGAAGGAAAGAUUAUCAUCUGCUGACGAUCGGGGUGACAACGUACAGCAGUGACGAGCGCUUCAACAUUAUCCGUUCCGAGGACUCCGAGGAAUGGCCACUGCAGAUCAAAUACGUCCAGCUGCGGGAUGCCGGUCCAUACGAAUGCCAGGUUUCGACCCAUCCGCCAACCUCGAUAUUCAUCCAGCUGGAUGUCGUGGAAGCAAAAGCGGAAAUUUUCGGCCCAUCGGAAAAGUAUCUCAAGCCCGGCUCGACGCUGCGGCUCACCUGCCGCGUCGUCAAGAGCAACGAGCCGCCGUUGUACAUCUUCUGGUAUCACAACAAUCGGAUGAUCAAUUAUGACGUUCACCGUGGUGUGAACGUGUCCACAGAGGCUGACAAUCGAUUCUCGGAACUGGUUAUAUCUCACACCAACACCCUCAACUCCGGAAAUUACUCCUGCGUUUCGAAUAAUGCGGUAGCGGCUUCGACACUGGUGCACAUCUUGAAUGGUGAAAACCCGGCGGCGAUGCAGCACGGCGACCACGGUAAUGCCGUCCUGGCGGCUGCCCACCUCCACCUACUAGCGACAAUUGUAACAUAUCACGUCAUUAAUUCGUUAUUAUGUGCUCAUUAA